CAAAUGAGAACAGAAUAUUUUUGGGAAAGAAAUUAAUUUGUAAUAAAAAAUUAUGGCUUUUGGUAUUAUUAAUAAUUUAAUUUCACAGCCAAAUGUCUGUAGGUGUUGUCUAUCUGCUAGCGGCGAGUGGGAUAUAACGACGUCUUAUUUAAGUGCGGACGGAAAAAAAGAAGUUUAUUCUGAAAUACUAAAGGAUUGUUUCGGGAUUUCUCUAUCGAUCAUAAAAAAUAUAAGUCUGAGUUUGCGAGUUUGUCAACUAUGCGUGGAACACCUCCGUGAGGCGAUUUUGUUCAAGAAACAAGUUCUAAAUGCUGAAAAAGUUUUCAAGCAAUAUUACGAACACAUUACAGAUAUUCAUCGAGAUAUAGCAAAACCUUUAGGAAAUACUCUAAACGAGGAUAACAAUUUAAUAUGCAGCGUGGACUCUAUUGAAGGCAGCGAUUUGCAAAGAAAACCCGAUUCACUUAAUAUUUGCAAGAGAGGCAGUGAAAGAGAAUCGAAUGGGCACAUAGUUGAUGAUGAUGUUGAUGAUGAUGAUGAUGAAGAGACACCCAUAUCGGAACUCGUGAAGAGGAAUUCGCAUUUCAAAAUACAAGAUGAGACUUCAAAACAUAUUGACCCUAAAGUUGAGAGGCGUAGAGUCCAAAACUUAUGUCAAUAUAAAGUACAGAAUUCCGUUAAGGAGCUAUCGGAACGGAAACGACUCAUCGUAACUUGCGAGACGGUCCUCAAGUGGACAACCGCUUGCCCCUUCCGCCACCACAAAAGCUGGUUCCAGUGCUUCUACUGCACCGAGGACUUCAUGGAGAUCGCGAAGCUUCGCGAGCACACGGCCAAAGCCCACAAUAACACAGACGACGAAUUAAAAAAAAUUAAACGCUUCCCUAGAUCAUUGCAGAUCGACAUAUCGAAUCUCAAAUGUUGCGAGUGCGAAUUAAAUUUAGUUGACGUCGAAGCGAUGCGGCGUCAUCUCGCCGAAGCUCACAACCGGGUUCUGUACAAAGAAUGCAUAGCCGAUUACAAAGUGAACACCAGUCCUUACACUUGCCACUUGUGCGGGAAACGGUACCACGUGUUCCGUAGUCUGACCACGCAUCUGAAUGUGCACUACGCGAAUUGCGUUUGUGAUGUGUGCGGGAAAUCUUUUAUGAACACGAAACGGCUUAAGGUCCACAGGGCGACCCACGAGAAUGGCCACUAUCCCUGUUCCGAAUGUGGGAAGGUUUUGAAAACGAAAAUAUCGAAAGCGAACCACAUGGGUACGCACGCGAAGCGCGUCCUAAAAUGCCACAUCUGCUUCGAACCGAUGAAGCACUACAACGAUCGUCUGAAGCACAUGUCCGAGCGGCAUAAUGUGACGCACAAGUUUGUGUGCCCGGUUUGCGGGAGGGAGUUCAAUCUGAAGCAUUAUCUGGCGACGCACGUGCGGCAGACUCACGGGAAUAGAAACAAGGCGUGCCCGGAUUGCGGGAUGACGUUCAAGACGAAUUACGGGCUUAAGAAGCACAUGCUGAGGCACUCUGGGAUCAGGGCCUUCAAGUGCUCGGUGUGCUGUAAGACGUACGCCAGGAGUUAUACGUUGAGGGAGCACUUAAGGACCCACGAGAGCGAGGGGGUCGCGACUCUAACAAUUAAUACUAUGGCUGAAGCUGAAAUACAGAUGCCGCAUUACAUAGAUACAGAUGAAAAUGUAGGAAGUCGCACGAUGAGCGUUUGCUGCUGUUGUCUGGAAUUGGUUUGUAGGAAGUGUCUUUGGACUGAAUACACCUGGAUGGGGCAAGUAGAGGUGUACGGUAACAUGAUUAAAGACUGCUAUGGGAUUGAUAUACCCGGGGAAAGUAGAGGCAUCUGCGAAGUGUGCAUAACUCAGUUGCGGAAUGCAGUACGAUUUAAACGACAAUUGAUCCUGUCCCAGGACAAAUUGAUUGCUCUGAAAAAUAAUAUCGCAAAAGGCAAUGAAUUUGAUCUUGUCGAUGGUGAUUCGAAGGGAAACGCGCAUUACGGGAAUGAGUUCGAUGGGGAUGAUUGCGUGAUCGGAUGCAAACAGGAAUCUGUAAAUUAUUCAGAUUCGGAUAGCUCUGAUGACGCGCCUCUGGUGCAAGCCUUGGACCGAGAGCGAGGCCGAAAAGAAACUCCGCCUAAACUGAGAAGUGGAAGACGACAGUACAAUUACAUGAAAACGAGACGUAACGUGUGCCUUAUCUUAGAGAACUCCACGAUCCUACCGUUCAAAUCGAACAAGGGCUACUUCACUUGCUUCUACUGCCACAAGCAGCACGCAGUCUUUGAGGAGCUCAAAGUACACAUGAGCGAACACAAAGACUUGACGGUCAAAGACAGCUUGAAAUGCCUGUUACGGCCGCACGCCAUCAAAGUAGACGCCAGCAAUUUGUCGUGCAAGCGAUGCGGCCAAGCUCAGCAGACGAUGCACGAUUUGAUACAACACUUGACCGAGAAUCACGAAAUCGACUUUGACUUCGACGCGAAAAUGAAACCGAUCGACACGGUCCUACCGUACGAUCUGGCCGACGGCAAAUUCCGUUGUUUCAUAUGCAAGAAGGAUUUCAUGUUCUUUAAGACCUUAUCGAAGCACAUGAACGAACACGGUGCGAACUACGUAUGCGAUAAGUGCGGUAAAUGCUUCAUUUUGCCGGAGAGGCUGAGGGCUCACAAGCAGAACAUACACAUAGAUGUCUCGGCCGUGAAAUGCGAGCACUGCGGGAAGCUGUGCUCUUCUAACGUUGUCCUAAAGAGUCACAUACGAUACACUCACAAGAGGAUAUUGUUCGUUUGCUCCAUAUGCGAUAAGAAAUUCAUGUCGUUCAAGAAACGUUUCGACCACUUACAGCAGUACCACGGCAGGGCGGCCCUGAACCUGACCUGCGAUAAGUGCUCGAAGAGUUUCUCGACGCCCGGCAGUCUGAACAAUCACGUUCGGAAGGAGCACUCGACAACAACGAGGGACCCGAAGAGGUUUCACUGUGAAUUGUGCUCUAUGACGUUCAAGACAAAGUCCGCGUUGAAAUGUCACAGCGUUGUGCAUUCCGGCGAGAAGAAUUUCGAAUGUGAAGUCUGCCACAAGAAGUACGGAAGGUCGAGGACCUUGGUCGAGCACAUGAAGAUACACAGGAACGACAGGAGAUGGUCCUGUGCUGCAUGCGCGCAGGCCUUCGUUCAGAAAUGCAGCCUCAAGAACCACAUCAGGGUCCACCACGGAGAACUCAACGGGGAUCAGUUAUUGAUUUACAAGGAACCGGAGAAAACGUGAAGAUCUUUAAUUGGAAUUAUCGAGAGAUCUGCUUUGGAAUUGAUUAAAAACGAAAUCACCGUUUAAGACCAGGUGAUACCGAUUUCGUGAACCCUUUGACUGUUCAUUUAUUGUUGAGCAGCAAUAAAGGGCUGAAUAUGUAUAUCUAUAUAUUAAUACGUGAAUCAAAAACUUUGUACCCCUUUUUACGAAAAUUGCGCGGACGCAGGAGUA